UGUUACAAAUAUCGAUUCAACUCUUGAAAUUUGUUUAUCGUCACGUGUAAAUUUUGUGACUUAUAUAGAUUUUUUUUCUUGUUUUUUAAUUAUUAUUAUUAAGAUCUAUGUUCAUUUUACGAAAUGGAAAACGUUUUAUUUUGGAUUAUUUUUGGAGUAACACAAAUAGCACGGGCCAGCGGGGAUAUAUGCUUUAAUUUUGAUCGAGACUUCACAUAUAUAGAAUUUGAAUGCGAUGACGGAUGUUGCGGGACGGACUCGAUGAAUCAGGAAUGCUGUGAUAAGAAAUGCUGUGGUAAGGAAUGUUGUGAUUCGGAAUGUUGUGAUGAUGAAGACGCGGCGUGGCUCGGUUGGGCGAUAGCUGGAGUAGUCAUAGGUUCAAUACUUACAAUAAGUUUCAUUGUAUGUGCAAUCUGUGUUUGCGUUAAACAAAAAGGGAAGACAGGCCAAACUAUUCAGCCUGAAACAGGAAUGACAGUAUCGCACGUGGCAACUUAUCCACAACGUCAAAUCCCUUACCCACAAUACGUUACAACUAGCUUUAUGCAAAACCCUUCAGGUUCGACUCUGCCACCUACAUACCAAUCGAUAUACGGAUAACAACCACUUCCGCCACUUCCGUCGGGAUUUCAUGGUCAUCAGCAGCAAGGUCAACAACAUACUGACCCGGCGCCACCGCCUAUUGGUUUUAAAUGACAAGUUCAAAAUCGUACUUGGAACUUGAAAAAGAGUGUUUAAUUCAUUUAUUUUGUUUUAUUACAUGAUUCUGCAAACAUUUUUUUUUAAAUGUGACAAUCGUUUGCUCAUUGUUUGCAGAUGACGUCCGUUUCAUGUGUUUAUAUAUGAUUAUAAUUUACGUAGUGUACAUUUGAUGAAGUUUUUCAAAAUGACUGUUAUAUUAAAUCUAAGAACACUUAAGUUUUUCUGUGCUGACGCCGUAAUUUAACUUUCACCGCCGCCUAUGUAAUUUGGCAUGAAUACAAUAUAGCUUUAACAGUAUGUAUUGUUAGGCCGUGCAUACAUUUUGAUGUGACGUCAUUUGCGUAAUAGAAGCGCGUCAUUGAAAAAGGUUCAUUUUUAACUGUAAAUAUUUCUUUAUUUUGAUAUGUGAUAAAUAGAACAUUCUUUUUUACUUUUUUAGUCUUCAAGUUGGACUUAUGUGUAUACACUAUAAACAAAAAUUAUGCACAAUUGCGCCAUACUUAAAGUAUGUAGGUAAAUAGACAAUACAUGAAUAUAUUUAAAAGCCAGCUUUGGAUUCAGAAUCCGGACAAAGCGUAUUUUGUAUUUUAAUAAUUUUUUAUAUGUGUAUAUAUAUAUUGUGUAUUUGUUGAUAAUGACUGUUCUUUUUGUUUUUCAUUAAAAAUUUUACU